AUGAAAAACCAUAAAACCCUCCAAACUGUCUUUAAACUCUCGACAACACCUGUUACUCGAUAUCAACAAUCAUCAAGAACCUCCUUCUUCUUGAACCAAUCUUGCAAAUAUCAUCAUUCUCUUUCCUUCAAUUCUGCACUAACGGUCCAAGAUUGGAAAGCAUUAUUUAUUUCAUACUUUUAUAGAGGUAUCCUUAAUUCCUCUGUUGAAGACUUUUCUAAAGCUGCUGAAAUCCAACCACUGAAUAGCAGAGUUUAUUUUAAUCGUGGCCUUUCGUACUAUAAUCAAGGUUUGAAUGAUCAAGCUUUGCAAGAUUUCAAUACUUCUCUGUCAUUGGAUCCAACUUUAAUAGAAUGUCUUUGGUUGAGAGGAAAAUUGUAUUUAUUUGAGAAACAUGAUAAUCUCAAAAGUAUUGCGGAUUUUGAAAAAAUUUUGGAGUUGAAUCCUGAAUUUUAUGCACAAGCUCAAAUUUAUGUGCAUUUAGGUGAAUUAUACAAAGAUUUAGAUGCCAAAGACGAAGAAGAACGUAUUCAAAAUUGGAACAAAGCAAUUUCGUAUUUCGUAAAGAGUAUUGAUCAUAUAAUGAAGGUUGAGCAAGAAGAAGUUAGACUCUCCAAAUUAAUGCUUGUUUAUUAUUCUUUAACAGAAUUGUAUAUGAAUAUGGAGAUGUAUGACAAAGCUCUGUAUGCUUGUUCUCAAUUCAUCAAAUACUGUCCUAAAACGUAUUCAAAGAAAGAGUUAGCAACCAUGUAUUGCUCACGAGGAACAAUAUUGAGCGAAUACUUUCAGACAUACGAUCUUGCAAUUACGGAUUUUCUAAAAGCUGUUAAAUUGGAUCCUGAACUUGAAGAACCUUAUGUGUUCUUGUCCAAAGCAUACUAUAACAAGACGGAUAUGCAAAAUGUGUAUAAAUAUGCAAAACAAGCCGAAGAAAUUAUUGAACAAAAGGGGAGCGAAUACAAGUUAACUAUUGAUCCCAUGAUGUUGAACACAAUGUAUGAAAUGCUUGGUUUUUCAUAUGAAGCCAAGGAAGAGUACGAGUUAGCCAUCAAAUAUUUUGAAAAUGGUUUAAAAUAUGGAGAUUAUGAAUACCAUGUUUUUGAGGCAUUGGCCUUCUCAUAUUCAAGAGCAAAAAAAGAAUUUGACAAAGGUAUCCAAUUGUUCACUCAGAGAAUUGAGCAAGCGCAAAAUGGCACUGUGUCAGAGAAAUCAUUUGUUCGUGAGGAAAAUCGACUUACUGUAAUGAGAGCAUAUCUACUGAGAGCUUGUGUGUAUAUCUUUGCUGAGCAGUACGAGUCGGCAAUUCAAGAUAUUGACGUUAUUUUGGAAAAGGAACCAGAAAAUGCACUGGCAAUUAUUACACGUGGUGAAGCAAUUUUCAAAAUGACAGGAAAUUUAGAGUUAGCACAACCGUAUUUCGAUAAGGGAUUGCGACUCUUUCCAGAAGCAAAAACGGAGAUUGAGAACAUGAUCAACGAUGUGAUGACUAAACGGAAAGAACAGAAAAAGGAUGAAAACUAA